UUCAUUAGUGAUUCCCUGCUGUGCACUGCCGACCCCUCCGCUCGACUGCUGUGGAAGCGGCCGGAAUAACCUUGAUGUGAGCCAGUUGAACUGCCGGAGAGAAGAGCGAGAGGCUGAACCGUGAGGCGGUACGAUACCAUCAGCUGCUGGCGUGAACAUGGCGGAGACCGCACGCGCAGGCUUCGAAUAUACUCACAGUGACGGCGAAGGCGUCAAAACCACAGCGCCAACGCGGGGGCGCGGCUGUGGAAGAAAAAGAAAAGGAACACCUAUGAAAGUCUUUGUCACGAGCACAGAAGAAGAACGUGCACCUGAACAGAAGUUCAUCCCAGGUGAUUGUAAGGAUGCAGCAGAAAGGAAGCAGGCCACUCUGGAUGCGCCAUCUUCUCACAGAUGUGGUCCAUCAGAGCAGACUGAAGGUAAAGGUCUGACUGGCUCCAGGUCCCGCUCCGCUUCCACACCUGUUCCGUCUUCAGUGGCCUCAUCCAGUCCAACCCCAGCUCCUGCCCCGGCCCCGGCCGUAACGGCUUCUGCCCAGGCCCGCUCUCUGACUCCUGGGUCCACGGUGCCGGUGACUCCGACCGCCUCUGCUCCGGCUCCUGCAACCAGCCCCUUCUCCCCCUCCCCUAACUGCCGUAUACGAGAAGUCCACUGUGGCACUCAGGUGCGGUUGGUUGUUAUUGCCAUUCGGGACAUCGCCAAGGGGGAGGAAAUCACUGUUGACUACAGCCUUACAGAGUGGGGGGAGAAUCUGGGUUUCCGGACCACUCUGUCCCCAGCGCCACGCGAGUAUAACUCUGACAUUGAGAGCUGCAACGGCAUCAAAAAGGAGGAUGAGCCUGUUCCUUUGACGGUCCAGCAGCGACAGCAGCAGCAGCAGGAUUAUGUCACCCCCUCUUGGUCCCUGUCCCCAUCCUCCUCCCCCAUCUCCCACUCUGAUGCUAGCGAGUCAGAUGCUGGAGACGAGGACCGCUGCAGCCCACGGGGACGCCCACUUCGUCGGCGGAAAAAACGCCGUGGCACCCCUUCAAAAAAAAGGAAAACCCACGGGCCUGGGCGUCCCACACCACCCUCCUUCUCUGGUGUUCCUCAGUUCUCACCUUCGUGCUCAUCUUCCUCUUCACCCACUAAGUCUGCAUUUAAACCACCGGCUGCUUUGAGUUCUGGAAACACCACAAAUCCCUCCAGAGGAGUCGUUUCCACCGACUCUGUGCAGCAAACUUGUGAAUACUGUGGACGCCACUUCCGCUCACUGGGCCGCCACCUCGAUAAACACCACUCCCACCAGCCGGAUUUGUGCUCCACCCUGGUUGAACGCUACACUCAAAUGCCUCGUCUUCAUGCACAAGACUCGUCUACAGCUCACGCUCUUGCUCAACAACACUCAAAAUUUUCCCACAGUCGCAGCUUAGAGUCUGCACAGAAUGGUGUCCAGGACCUGUCCAUGUCUCUGUCCACCCUCUCUGCAGCCAACCAGUCCCCUGCCUCCUCUGGAAGAAGCUCCAUGCCUUCUGUGCUGACUCCACACCAAGGGCAGAACGCUGCGUCUGUUUUAAAAAGAAGUCCACCUCUUGUGGGGAGAAUCCAGUCAAAGAAAGGAGCAACAGUUGGACUGAAGACCGAAAGACUGGGAGAGGGAGAGGAGGAUGAAGAAGAAAUCGAUGUUGUAGCGAUAAGGGGGCUAAAUGAGGAAGACGACAUGGAGCUGACAUGUCCUCAGUCCUUCAGCAGCAAUUCAGUCAAAGUGGGAGAGCCACCAAAAGACGAGGAGGAGGAAGCAGAGGAGGAGAAUGGAUUGAUGGAGGUGGAAGAUGAAAGUGGAACAGAGGAAAAAGAAAGGAUGCUGAGUUCAGGGCGACACCACAUGCUGCCGCUCCUGUCAUCCCUGUCCUCACUGGUUCUGUACCUGCGUCGCCUCCAGCACUCUGCCUUCUUGUCCCUGUCCCGCCAGCUUCAGUCCGCAGAGGCCUGGCGCCUCCUCUGUCACUCCAGCCUUGCUCUCCUCAUCCUGUACAACCGACGACGCGAGUGCGAGGUGUCCAAGCUGACCAUCACGGAAUAUUGUGCUCGGGUCACGCCCCAGAGCCACGCUACUCUCCCAUCCAGUGGUUGUCCUGCUCUCACGCCCCUGGAGGCUUCCCUCUCCCCUUUUGAGCGGCUGGUGCUGCCUCACCUGCCCAGAGUUGGAGUUCAAGGUAAACGUGGUCGGAUCCAACCUCUCAUACUUCCCCCUCACUGUGAACCCUGCCUGGAGCUUCUCCUGCAGACACGGCAUGACGUUGGGGUUGACCCUGCAAACCCCUACAUUUUUGCCAGACCCUACCACUCACCUGCCACACCACUGCGUGGAACAGACCUCCUGCGCAGCCUCGCUCGUUCCAGCGGAACCCGCAAUCCCCGCGCCCUGACCCAGACUAGAGUUCGCCGCCAGGUCGCGAUCUUAACUCAGCUUUUGCUGCUAGGAGAAGGAGAGGAGCCAGGGCAGACUGAAAGCAGCACCAUUGAGAGGCUGGAGCACUUCCUGGAAAGAGAAUACCAUGUGACCCAGAACUGUGCUGGGAUUGGUCAAGACCCAGGGUUGAUGGGAAGGGUGGGGAGAGUGGUUCUGUGUGGAGAACGCGACGGAGUUCUGUUCAGAGGAAUGAGUCUGAACGACAUUUGUCUGGAACUGGACGUGAUGUCGGGAAACUCCGCAGACUCGUUCUCGGAGGGAGAGUCCAAAGGGGAGCACCGAAAGGAAAAGCUGGAGAUGCCCUCUGCUGCUCCCGCUCUGAACUCGCCAUCGGCCCUGCUGGACGACAGCAAGGGCAAGAACAACGGACGGGUGGGACGGCCCAAGAAACUCAAGAGCAUUCAGCCCCCUCCCUCUCCUCUUCCAUCCCAACUUCUUCCUCCACUUUCACCUGGAAACCGCAGAAGAGGCACAGGGAAGCGGGGCGUCCUGAAGCGCCCGUGGUCCGAGGCAGAGCGAGCAGCGGUGGAAGAGCACCUGACCCAGAACAUCAAUGAACUCCGAGUCCCCGCUAAGGCAGACUGUGAGCGCUGCCUCCAGAAGUGCCCCCUGCUGGUCAACAACCACCGCGACUGGCGCGCCAUCAAGUUCUACUGCCACAACCGCAUCCAGCUGCUGAAGAAGAACCUACGGCGGGAGAGUCAGCCGCAGCCGCAGCCUCUCACAGUCUGCUGAGGGAGACAGAGAAGAGAAACGACAGACUUUCAUUUGACAAACACUUGCAUUUAAUUUUUCCCUUGAAAAAAGAAUUUCUUUGUUGGUGCUUUAAUUUAAGGUCAUAAAGUGAUUCCUGAUGCUGAUCUGGUCCUAAGCAACUCUCAUGGAUUUGUGAUAACUAAAAAAGACUUCCCAGUCUGAAACUUUGGCAGCCCACAGACUAGUAUUUGAACUUUAUUUUUUUUUUAAACCCUUCCAGAAUUAGACACACUUUUCGGAAAAUUGGGUGGCAGCUGAUCCUUACAGUGUUGUUUUGAGUGUUGUGAAGUAGCAUUUGUGUUUAUGCACAUUUGUGCAUUUAAAAAAAAAGGCUAAAGUUUGGGUCACACUUUAUUUCACUUGAACUUUUCUUUUAUACUCACGUUAGGAGUCUUUCUCUCAAAUAAGCUAGCUCUCUACCUUCAGUGAUGACUCUGUUUUCAUGACACUUGGACCUUAUGUGUGAGUUGAUGAAUGAGCUCUGCAUUUUUUUUAGAUGAAAUGCAUUGAUGCUUUAGAUUAUUGUAAGUUUCCCAAAAUCAGCUAAAAUUCCCCUUUUUUUUGCCUUUAAGUGCUGUCAUAUGUGUUAUUGUCCUAUAUGUGUGUGUUACUGCCUGUUGCACAGCUGUUCAAAGCAUUAGCAAGUAGCUAUAUAGGCCAAUAAACUGGAUAUCACUUUAUGUGCGGAGAGGAACAUUUCCGCUGAUUGUCUUAAAGGUGCAAAGCCGGCAUUUGUCAGAGAAGAGAUUGUUUUGUGAUGCCUCUUUAGUUGUGUUUUUCUUUCAAACAAAGACUUCCUCCUGUCUUUUUUCCCCUCCAACCAAGCUGGCCGCUCAACCAGAUCUUUGUUUUGAUUUUGUUCAAACCUUCAAGUGACAGACUUUCACACAACCUCAAAGCAGGUACUUGAACUUGUUUGAACCUUUUCUUUUUAAUUUGAAGAAAUUCAUCUUCUGUCUUGCUUUAGCCUUGUCUGUUUUAUUGUAUACAACUAAUAUAUUGGUAGAAGGCUAACUGGUUUAUUUGGGUAGAUAUUAUGUAGCUUUCUCAGAUCUGAGUCAUUGCUUUUUGUACAGAGGACUGUUUUGUAAAUACUAAGAAAAAGAAAUAACAUUGUGACAUGCCUUGGUUAGUGUGGUUAUUCUUUUUUUUAUAUAUAAAUCUUAUAAAUCCUAAAAGUUCUAUGAA